AUGAACACCUCGGAUGCACAAGAUUUGUUGGGUUGGAGUCCAGCACCAAACAAGGAUGAUACACCGUUGGCAUUAACUGACGUUGACAAAAAGAAAAAACGUUCUCGCCCGGAGGCUGGCUUUAAAAGACCAGAAGGCAUGCAUCGGGAGUUAUUUAGUUUGAUCGGACGGAAUCAGGAAUUGGAGUUAGCAGCGUUGAUUCCAUCGUCAACGAAAGAUAGAAGUUAUCGAAGCCGAAAAGCUAGAUUUGGUAUUCAAAGAGUGAGGCCGUGGUUGUGGCGACCAUUCAAAAAUCCGGCUCGUGAUGAUGAUUUGCAGCUGUGCCACUGGGAAAGAGCGGAUAGAGAGAAAACUGAUUAUUUAUUUGCUAGGUUUAACAAGGUAAUAACAAUACCAGAAUUCACAGAUGAGGAGUAUGACAAGUGUCUAGUUUCACAGAAAUGGACCAAGGAGGAUACAAUACAUUUGUUUGAUCUUUGCAAAAGGUUUGAUUUGAGAUGGAUAAUAAUAGCUGAUCGAUGGGCUGGUUCUACCCGUCGAUCGAUUGAGGACAUGAAAGACAGAUUUUAUACUGUAAUUAAUGAACUGAAUACUUUAAAUGGUGUGGAGGCUGAACCUCUAUGUUAUGAUGCCGAACAUGAAAGAAGGAGGAAGGAGCAGCUGACAAAGCAGUGGGAUAGGACUAGACAAGAGAUUGAAGAGGAGGAGAUGCUCAUUAUCGAACUGAAAAAGAUUGAAAUACGAAGAAGGGAACGGGAACGGAAAGCCCAGGAUCUGCAAAAACUUAUUACGGCAAGCGACCGCAUGGGUGCGUCGACAUCGAACUUGACAUCUUCUGUGUCUCCAGCGUCUGCAAUUAAAAAAAAGGCUCAUAGGCCAAAAGCUUCUGGAGGUUCAUUACCUCAUUCCUCAAGCAGUGCUUUUCUUGCGGAACAUUCAUCUUUGCGUUUUCCUGAAUUUCGGUCUGCUGGUGCCCAUUUGCGGAGUCAAGAAAUGAAAUUGCCAACAAACAUUGGACAGAAGAAGCUGAAGAAUAUUGAAACAGUAAUUGAAAAAUUAAAACUAGAUAUGGUCCCGAUUGGAGAUGAAGAAAUUAUGUUUGAUAUUCCUUCUCGACUGCGCGUUUAUAAUGCAUCUGAUGGUGAUUCCGCAGAAGUCGAAGGAACGCGGCAUCCUGGAAGGGCUAUAACCGACAUGAUAGAACUCUCAACUUUUUUGGCAGUGAGCCGAAAAAGAAAAGCGUCUACUCCUAUGCCUUCGACACCUUUGGCAGAAUCUAGGCGUCUUCGGAAGACUUGA